AUGGUCCAGCAAUGGAAGUGGCUCCUUCUUUGGGGGCACUUCAUGCAGGGCUCCAGCCGGGCAGUGUGCCAGGGCCUGGCGCGCAGCAGAUCUCCAGGUGAGAUGCAGCGUCAGCUGUGGCCGCCCAUGCGGCCGGGAAGCGGCACCAGUGGCGCUUGGCAGAUGCCGCAACGCACUAGGUUGUCACAGUCGACAUUUUCGACCUUCGGUGCAUCGCAGGCUGAUGUUAGCGCGAUACAACAUCAGCAGGUGGUGUACCAGGACCUCCUUGCAUUGCUGUCUGUGGCCUAUGGCAACCAGCGUGGCGUCAUCGAACAGCAGCGGAAUCGCAUGGACCGGCUGUUGGCCGAGUUCAGGGAUUUACGACAGGAGCUUGAGGAGGAUCCAGAGCUGCAAUUGCUCUAUACAGAAGUUCGAAGACAACGGAAAGCAAAGGAGAAGAAGAAAAAAUCAAAGAAGAAAGGCAAGAAAGAGAAGGAGGCAAAGUCUGCUGAGAAGCAGAGGCCAGAUUUAUAG